CUCCUAAAGCAUUUUCCCAUUUUCCCAAAGCAACCAGAGGUUAGAAAGAGAGUCUGAGAAAUUAAAAGAGGUGCUCAGUGCUCUGAGUCAGUUGAAAAUUAAAUACCCAGAAAAAAGAGAGAGGUAACAACCAUUAAUCUGGAUUUUACUUUGUAAAAGCUUUCUUCUUCUUCUAGCUUUUCUUUUAUUUUUCUGUUUUGGUGACAUAACCAAAGGCCAGAGCUGCUUCAUCUUCAUUUGUUGGCAUUUGCCUUCUUCCUUUUUUAGUGAUGCCGUUUUCACUGUGAAUAGUUUAGUGAUGCCGCCAAAAAAUUCUCGAAUGGCUGAUGCCUGUAGGGCAAUGAAGCCUUUUGGCAUUUCCGAAGGUCAGACAAAGGCAGCGGUCAAAGAGCUUCUGAAAGUCUAUGCAAACAGCUGGGAGUUUAUUAUUGAUGAAAAUUACAGACUUUUGCUGGACUUUGUUCUGGACCAGAAGCCAGAGGAGGAAAAGGGAGUGAGAUCGAAGAAAAAAGAAGCUCCAUCUUAUGAUAAAACUGAAGUAGUUGAACUUCCAACCAAGAGAUAUUGCACAAGGCAACGGAAAAAACAGGCAUUGUCUCCUUUGAAACACUCCACAUCUUGCCUUGAAAAGUCUCCAUUAAAAAGGGCACGUCAGAGUAAUGAGGAUAAUCUGUUUUCUGAUUCGGAAGAAUCUGAAGACUCUCAACCACUAGUAAGAAGAAGUCGCCGAAGACACCAGGAAAGAGAGGUUUUGGACUCUGGGAAUAACUUCGAUCCUCUGCGUAAUUGCAACAUGCAACUGGAAGAAAGUCUCAAUCUGAUGAAGACGGCUUGAAGUUGUUGGAAGUGGAAUCGUUGAAUACGGACAACAAAGAUAAUGUUU